CUAUUUAUGAAGUGCUAAUCGUCUAGCAACGAUCUGAAAGUCAGCGCACAUUUUCAUGGUGUUCACAUAAGUUCUGCACCAACUCAUUAACACCAUGCACCUAAAUGAAAAUCAGAUAAGCAUGCAAAUUAAACAUGAAAAACGAUACAAUACUAUUGAUCAGAUAUAACCAGCCUUCCGUGAUGUUCUCCGUUUGUACUAAAGUAGGUGAGUAGCAAGAUGAACUUCGUAGAAACUCACAGGAAGUCCGGAAGCGUUCUCUCACUACAAAAGGGUCAGUUCAAAAAAUUAGUUUAGAUUAUUGUAGUUAGUAAAAAGGCUAUUGGAUAUGAAAACAUGAUUGUCAACUUAAUGUUUGUAGGAGGGAAGGUCAAGUUGUGCGUUAGACCUUCGAGCCUGGUUUGAUCACAGCGGAUGACGCUGAACCCUGAGAAUUGCUUGUCUCACAAUUCAGGCGCCAAAACUUUAUAUGAGUCAGACUUAGAAGACGAAAACUACUCGUCAGUAGAAAAUUAUGGUAUCAGAGAACGCAGACGUAAGCUACACACUGAAGCGGAACAACGCCGCAGAAAUGCUAUUAAGAGAGGUUUCGAAGGUCUUUUAGAGUUGGUUCAUCCGAUGAAAAGUGAAUCGGCUUCUAACGUGAGGAUGAGUAAAUCGAGUAUCCUAAGUAAAGCAAUAACAAUGAUUGAAAGACUUGGAAAACAAAAGCAGCAAAAGCUUUCAGAGGUCGAGAGUCUGGAGAAGGAAGUCAAAGCACUUCGAAUAUUGUGUUUGAAUUACGAGAAGAUGGUUCAAAAUAAUCCCGAUAGUGGCUGUAGAGCGGUCGAGCCUAUUUCAGAAGAAACGAAACUCGAAGUUUUCCGCAUGUUUUCUGGUGCCUUGUUCAGCUCAUUUGAGGACAGAAUUGCUUUCAGCUCAUUCUCAGACCUUUCAGCAUCAGUAAUAAACUGGAUCGAGGAAAGCUGUAAACCUGAAAAAAUGGCAUUUGUGAUGGAUUCCGUUUUGGCCAGUAUUUUAAAUCAGAAUAACGAAAGGUCUUCAGUCGGUUGUCGAACUUUCCAUUUUGGUUCUGUACCAAACUACUCAGGGGGUACCAGUGAUGGUCAAAGUUACUGCAAUUCAAUGGGACCCAAACAUUCCUCUGCUGGCAACUUACUUCAGAUCAAUCUUCUAGGCAGCGGUUCUCCGGGUUACUCGUAUCCUCCGAAUAACUUUCAAAUACCUACUCAUCCUGCUUCUGGGAGUCCUGCACUGGAUUCUGAAAAGUGUGAUCCUCAUCUAAAACCAGUAUUUCCUGUUCAGUCUCCAAACAGUUCCGUUUCGGAUCAAGUAGGUAUAAUCCAAAGUUCAUCGGAAUCGCAAGGUCUCUUUGACUUAAAGUUUCGGCGACCUGGACCAGCAGACAUUUGUGGUGGUGGUGGGUUUUACAGUUUUGGUCCAUUUAUACCAAAAAAUAUUAAUUCUGUGGUUGAUGAGUCAUCUUUAACCACUGAUACAAUCAUAAAAGACACUGUAUCAUCUCAUAAAACAAAUUCAUCAUGUGGCAUUGUGAUUAAUGACACAAACUUGUCCAAAGAAUUGCCACUUCAUAAUUCUAGUCAUAUGCCGCAGUACAAACAAUUCAUUGAUGAUUUAUUAUGAUUUUAUGUUUUGCACUAUCUUAUUUUUUUCCUUGCUGGUAAAGUAACCUCUCUCUUUCAGUCUGUCUCACUCUGUGAUACGGCUUUCAACUUAAUCUCUGCUAUCUUUUUUGUUUUCAAAUGCAAUCUGAAUUAUUUAACUUGUUUCAGGCUAUUUUAUUUUUGUUCUUAUUUUGUGUUGCAAUCACUUUUUAGCCAUUGUCUUCCAGAUUUAUAUACUUUGUAGUUAAGUGAUAAUUUCAACAAGAGAACUGCUCAUUUUUUGAGAAACAGAUGGGGAGAAAAACCAAAUUUUGCAAUGCUUUUUUCCUAAUAGAAUGGAUACUUUUGAGUUGGUAUAUUGAACUGUGAUUUUUCCCCCAAUCAAUGAUUUGCAUUUGAUUGUGGAAUUUGUUGCUCUUUUUAGCAGUUAUUUACUAUGACCAUCACUAAAGGAUGAGGAAAUGAGACUUUUGAAGAGCACA